UCUUGUGCGCUUUUAAAAACCAUUGUGCUGAGCUGACUCAUCUCUCAUUUUCCUAGUAAAAGGUUUGCGACCAUCUUCGUUUGUCAUUUGCCAAAGAAGCUUUUACAUCCUACUUCCGAACAUUCACCCUGGUCACUCGUCAUAACCAUCUGUUCGUGACUAUGUGGUGACACUCCCGAUGCUCCAGAUUCUCCACAAGUUCUUCCAGGAUUCUUGAUGGAUGCUAAGCAUCGACCUUUGAAAGGCCGCGAAGUAAGCAUGACGGAGAAGAAAACAGCCAACGAAGGAGAAGUGGUGGUGACUAUUUCGGGUCAGCAGAACACAAAUCUCACUGGAGAGGGUCCAAGCUCCAAAGCGACUGAAUCUAACAAUACGUCCACCGAGUACGCUAAUGGAUAUGCGUCCUCAAAGUCGCCAGCUUUAAAUCGUGCUUCCCCUGAGAUAAGGUCUAAUUCCAGCCCAAACAAGUCUCCAGAACUUUCUGCUCCGACCCGAAACCUUAUUCGCAGAAAGUGUCUAGCAAGGUCAGUGUGUUCUAAGCCUAAAUCUAGAUUUGGGGAACAACCUUAUCCUGCUGAUGCAGCAGUUUUAGAAGAGAAUGACAGUUCCACUCUGCGAGAACAGCUUGCCAUUUGUUCGCCCUAUAGGCAAUCGGUCAAUGAAGCAUCACCUAAUAACAAAUCCACUACUGUUAACAGGACAGUGUCCAUUGCUUCCGUCACUCCUAAGACGCCAUUGAUGGCGUCUCCGGGGAUAGCUGGGGAAGAUGAGGAUGAAAUUGUUUACAAGAAAGUUGAACUGAGUAAAGGGAAGCGUAAGGCGGUGAAGGUUAAGGAUUUGAUUGAGUGUAUUGUGUUUGCAUGCAUUACUGGAUUCUUGGUGGCUAGCCUGACUGUCGAAAAAUUGAAAACCGUAAUGAUUUGGGGCCUGGGGCUUUGGAAGUGGUGUGUACUUCUGAUGGUUAUCUUUUGUGGCAUGCGGGUUACCAAAUGGUUCAUGCACGUUACAAUUUUCUUGAUUGAAAUGAACUUUUUGCUGAGGAAAAAGGUUCUCUAUUUUGUUCAUGGACUAAAGAAAAGUGUCCAAGUCUUCAUUUGGCUGGGAUUGGUUCUUCUCGCUUGGGUUCUGUUAAUCCAUCGCGGGGUCCAGCGAUCAGAACUUGGCACACAAAUUUUGAAUGGUGUGACAUGGACUCUUGUUUCUCUUCUCAUUGGGGCAUUCUUAUGGGUAGCGAAGACGUCGCUGCUGAAGGUAUUAGCCUCAAAUUUCCAUGUCAAAUCUUUCUUUGAUAGAAUUCAAGAGUCAAUCUUCCAUCAGUACGUUUUGCAAAGUCUAUCUGGGCCUCCAUUAAUAGAGGAGGCUGAGAAGGUUGGUAGAUCACCGAGUAUUGGUCAGGUUAGUUUCAGGAGUACAAAAGGUAAAAAAGGCACCAAGAAAGAGGUUAUUAAUAUGGCAACGUUUCACAAGAUGAAACGGGAGAAAGUUUCUGCUUGGACAAUGAAGAUUUUGGUUGAUGCAGUGACAAAUUCAAGACUGUCCACAGUCUCAAAUGUUAUAGAUGAGAGCUUUGAUGAUGGAGGACUAGAACAAACCGACAAAGAAAUUACAAAUGAGAUGGAAGCAACUGCUGCUGCAUAUAAGAUUUUCAAGAAUGUCUCUGCCCCUGGUUGCUCGUACAUUGAUGAGGAUGACCUUUUGAGGUUCAUGAUUAAGGAAGAAGUAGAUCUGGUCUUUCCCCUACUUGAAGGUUCAGAGACUGGACGGAUAGAAAGAAAGGCUUUGACAAAAUGGGUGGUUAAGGUCUAUCAAGAACGCAAGGCAUUGGCACAUGCCUUGAGUGACACCAAGACUGCUGUAAAGCAAUUGAACAAGCUUGUAACAGGGAUCCUGGUUAUUUUGAUUGUAAUUGUGUGGCUUCUACUGAUGGAGAUUGCAACAACAAAAGUACUAGUGUUCAUUUCAUCUCAGCUAGUAGUUGCGACCUUCAUGUUUGGAAACACAUGCAAAAAUAUAUUUGAGGCUCUCAUAUUUGUGUUCGUAAUGCAUCCAUUUGAUGUUGGUGACCGAUGUGUUGUAGAUGGGGUCCAGCUAUUGGUUGAAGAAAUGAACAUCUUGACAACGGUAUUCUUGAAACUUGAUAACGAGAAGGUGUUCUAUCCAAACUCAGUUCUGGCCACAAAACCCAUUAGCAAUUAUUACAGAAGCCCGGAUAUGGGUGACAAUAUAGAGUUUUCAAUUGACUUUAUGACACCAUUGGAGAGGAUUGGGGCACUGAAGGAAAAAAUAAAAAGGUACUUGGAGGGCAAUCCGCAUCACUGGCAUCCUAAUCACAAUGUAAUAGUGAAGGAGAUAGAAAAUGUGAAUAAGAUCAAAAUAGCUCUGUAUGUUAACCACACGAUGAAUUUUCAAGACUUCGCGGAGAAGAACAGGAGGAGAACGGAGCUAGUGAUGGAACUAAAGAAAAUAUUUGAGCAGCUUGAUAUUAGAUACAAUCUUCUUCCUCAGGCAGUUCAACUCAGCCAUGUUGGGUCAGAUACAGCCCCACUCAAGUGAUAACUCUUGCUCAUGCUCAUUGUUCUGUAAGCACGCGCCUCUUGUUCUUGUUCAAGUGAUAACCCUGGCCCUCAUGGCCGCCUUAGGUAGGCUUGUUGUAGGAUGGUUUAGUGGAGUUUAGUAGAUAACGUAGGAGUGGUAUUUAGAUCAAAUUGCAGGGUCAUGAUGCUGUUAACAACUUUCUGAUGUAUAGGAAUUCGGAGUAUAUCUCUAUAUCUAGUCCUUUUAGGUAGGAGGCAGAUACGACUAGAUAUCAGGCCAAGCUAGGCGUUCUACCCCACUCAUCCUAAAUGCAUCUUAUUGGCGAAGGUGGAAUGAUAAUUAUGACACCCCUGAGAGUAAUUUCAAUCCUCUAAUGUAUGAAGCUGAUAAAGCUCCUCCUCUGAAGUAGACUGACGUGAUUAUAAUUUAGUGAUACCGUGUAUAGAAUUUGCUUCAUUUAUUUUCACUCGCAACUUUAUUUUUC